CGAUAGAUUCGAAUCUAACUUUCUCACCUUCAUCACAAGAUCCUCGUCCUCUUUCUCGUAGCCUCCUCCUUCUACCUUCUACGCCACCUUUAAACCCAAACCAAAUCUUUAAUCAUAACUCAAAACAUUUUGCUCUCAACAACAACGACAACAACAACCCACACAGAGAAUGGCUGGUUCAUCAACGAAACGAUUUCCUCUAUAUGCUAAAGAUUAUGAGCUCUUUGAAGAGGUAGGAGAAGGUGUUAGUGCUACUGUGUAUAGAGCUCGUUGCAUUGCUCUUAACGAGAUUGUCGCUGUUAAAAUCUUGGAUCUCGAAAAAUGCAGGAAUGAUUUGGAAACAAUACGCAAGGAAGUUCAUAUAAUGAGUUUGAUUGAUCAUCCGAAUUUAUUGAAAGCGCAUUGUUCGUUUAUCGACAGUAGUAGUUUGUGGAUUGUAAUGCCUUAUAUGUCGGGUGGUUCUUGUUUUCAUUUAAUGAAAUCUGUAUAUCCGGAAGGUCUUGAGCAACCUAUAAUUGCUACUUUGUUGAGGGAAGUGCUUAAAGCUCUUGUUUAUCUUCAUAGACAAGGUCACAUCCAUAGAGAUGUUAAGGCUGGGAAUAUAUUGAUUCACUCAAAAGGCGUAGUUAAACUUGGAGACUUUGGAGUUUCAGCAUGUAUGUUUGAUAGUGGAGAAAGAAUGCAAACAAGGAAUACAUUCGUUGGGACUCCUUGUUGGAUGGCACCUGAGGUUAUGCAGCAACUAGAUGGAUAUGAUUUCAAGUAUCUUGCUCAUGGUCAUGCCCCAUUUUCCAAAUAUCCACCUAUGAAGGUGCUACUAAUGACAUUACAAAAUGCACCUCCUCGUCUAGACUAUGACAGAGAUAAGAAAUUCUCAAAGUCAUUUAGAGAGUUAAUCGCAGCGUGCUUAGUUAAAGAUCCGAAAAAGCGUCCAACUGCAGCAAAACUUCUGAAACAUCCUUUCUUCAAACAUGCUCGGUCUACAGAUUAUUUGUCCCGUAAAAUUCUUCAUGGUCUUUCUCCACUUGGUGAACGUUUUAAAAAGCUCAAGGAGGCAGAGGCUGAGUUGUUCAAAGGCAUAAAUGGUGACAAAGAACAGUUGUCUCAGCAUGAGUAUAUGAGAGGAAUUAGUGCUUGGAACUUUGAUCUUGAAGCAUUGAGAAGGCAGGCAUCACUUGUAAUUAUUCCAAAUGAAGAAAUCUAUAAUUCAGAGAUACAGGAACUGAACAGAAAUGGAGAUGUACCAAAAGGAAAACCAGUGAUACAAAGGUCACAGACUAUGCCUUUGGAAUAUUUCUCAGAAAAGGCAAGUGAUAUGGUGAGUGAGAGUAGCAGUCAAUUAACCGGUUCAUUACUUCCUUCGUUUCAUCGCAAAUUCCUCCCGGCUCUUGGCAAUGCAUGUAACUCGAGCGAUAGAGCAGCAGAGAAGCUCGCUUUUGAAGAGCCACGUCAAGUACUACACCCAUUAGCGGAUACAAAGAAAAUUAGAAAAGCAGGAAGUGAUCAGCAGGAGAAACCAAAAAAUGGUUACGCAGAUAGUCCUGUGAACCGUGAAUCUUCCACAUUAUCAAAGGAACCAUUAGCGGAUACAAAGCAAGUUAGAAAACCAGGAAAUGAGCAGGAGAAACCAAAAAACGGCUAUAUAGUUAGUCAUGUGAACCGUGAAUCUUCCACAUCAGAGGAAAUCCUCCCACUGUUGCAGAGUCUCCUGGUUCAGAAUGACAUUCAAAGGGCGCAAGUAAUCAGGUUAAUUAGAUUUUUUGAUCGAACUGCGAAAACGGAAAAUCCAAUCUCAAAAACCGAAGGAGUGCAGGAGAAAGAUCUGCAAUCUCAAGUUCAGUUUUUGGAGCAAAGUGUUGAGAAGCUUGUAGAGGAAGUUCAGAGAAGAAAAGAUAUAAAUAGUCAGCUAGAGCAACAGAUCAGCUCUCUGAUUAGCAGCAACAACAUCUCUUAAGUUUAAUGGAGGAAGAUUAUUCUUUUAUGUAUUCAUUAUCUAUAGUGACUCUCUCUUUUUUUUUAACAUAAAUCCAUUAGAGACAAAAGCAAGCAAUGGGCAUUGGGCUUUUAACCAAGUGUCUUUUUGUAUUACUAACGUAAAAAUCUGGUUUGAUACAACUAACACACAAAAACAAACAAACAAAAAGAAAAAAAAAAAAAAAAAACAAAAGUGUGAUCAAUACUCAUCUGACUUAUUCUACAAGUCUAAAAGAAAAAGAUUCUUUUCAU